AUGGGAGACCUCUCCAUAGCAGGCGACUCUACAUCCUAUGAGCGCACCCCAUUUGGCAGACAGAUGCUGAAGCAUUUCCUGUUUGACCCAGCUUACAAAAACUUCAAUCAUGGAUCUUUCGGUACCUACCCAAGAGCUAUUAGAGACAAACAACGAUACUACUUAGACCUCUGCGAAUCUGCGCCAGAUCAGUACAUCCGCUACACCUAUCCGCAAUUGCUCGACGAGUCCCGUGAAGCUGUUGCCAAAGUCCUCAAUGCUCCCGUGGACACCGUCGUCUAUGUCCCCAAUGCUACAACGGGAGUCAACGUGGUUCUCCGAAACCUGGUCUGGAACCCAGACGGCAAGGAUGAGAUCCUCUACUUCAAUACCAUCUAUGGAGCUUCGGGGAAAUCCAUCAUAUACACAUGUGAAGCCAACAACGAUCUCGUUCGCCCGAGAGAGAUCCCUAUUACAUAUCCCAUCGAAGACUCGGAUCUGAUCGCCUUGUUCAAGAAGGCUAUCAAAGCCUCCCGAGCGGCUCGCAAGUUCCCCCGCGUGGCCGUAUUCGAUACGGUAUCAUCCAUGCCAGGCCUAGCGGUGCCAUAUAAAGAACUCACUGCCAUCUGCCGCGAAGAAGGGAUCCUUUCUCUCAUCGACGCUGCUCACGCCAUCGGCCACAUCCCCUUGGACCUCACGGCGCUGGAUCCCGACUUCUUCGUAUCCAACUGCCACAAGUGGCUGUUCGCUCCCCGCGGCUGCGCAGUGCUCUACGUCCCUAAGAGAAACCAAGCCCUCAUCAGGUCCUCGCUGCCCACAUCCCACGGGUUUGUCCCAAGACCGGGUGCCUCCUCCGGAACCCCCAAUCCUCUCGACGUGAGUUCCAAGAGCGAAUUCGUCAACAAUUUCGAGUUCGUCGGGACUGUCGACAACUCGAGCUUCGUCGUCGUCCCCGAAGCCAUCAAAUGGCGCGAGCAAGUCUGCGGCGGCGAAAAAGCCAUCAUGGAGUACAACACCGACCUCACACGCCGAGCCGGAUCGCUCGUCGCCCAGAUCCUAGGGACGAAAGUUCUCGACAACAGCACCCAAACUCUAACCAACUGCUGUCUCGUAAAUGUGCUCCUGCCGCUGACGCCCAGCAAGGAGAAAAUCCCCGGUACCAACACGAUAGACCCGCAAUACGGAAUGCAGGCCUCGCAGUGGAUGCAGAGGACACUGCUCGCGGAAUACAAGACGUUCAUCCCGAUUUUCUUCUUCCAGGGUCAGUGGUGGGCGAGGUUGAGUGGGCAGGUAUACUUGGAAUUGGCAGACUUUGAAUGGGCGGCGGCGACGCUGAAGGAGCUUUGCGAGAGAGCUGCGAAUACGGAGUUUGCUUGA